GGGGAUUUCUAGGUUGCAGAGAAAGAGCGAGAAGAUCCGCUUCAUCUCCUUCCCGUCAGGUGCAUUUACCGGUCAGACGCAAGAAGAGCUCCUUGCCUACUCGCAAGACGAUUCAAUGUUGGAAAGUGACAGUGGCAGCUUAACACAUUUUGCAGCCCCGCAUUUUAUCAUUUAACUUAAAUGAAGUUUGAAGAACAACUCUCCAAGCUCAACACCUGUUAUCCAUCCAUCCAUCUGUAUUCCAAUGAACUCUGAUCAACUUCUCUCAGUCAACACAUAUAAUCUCCAUUAUUGGAACACUUGAUCCUUCUCUUUUUCAUUGAUCUGCUCAGAUGUCUCAUUUUCUAUACAAAAGGCUACUACAUUUCCAUUUCCUGCAAAACCCAUCUCUCAAAUCCUUCACAACAGCCUCCACAACCCCACUACCAUCUUUCACAGUCCAAUACCUCAUAAACUCAUGCAGACUCGCAUUAGAAACAGCUCUCUCUAUAUCCAAAAGGCUCCACCUUGAGGAAAACAACCUGCAAAAACCUGACUCUGUCCUCACCUUCCUCAAAUCCCAUGGAUUCUCAGAGACACACAUCACAAAACUAAUCACAAAGCGUCCUCAACUCCUCCAAUCCAAAAUGGACAGCAAUCUCAAGCCCAAAAUCAAGUUCUUCCUUAAAAUGGGCUUCUCAAACUCAAGGCUACCCGAACUGAUCAUAUCAAAUCCUCUCAUUCUGCAAAGAAGCUUGAUCAAUCACCUAAAACCAUCGUUUUAUUUCCUCAAGAGCUUUCUUCAGACGAAUGAGAAUGUCAUAACCGCAAUCAGGCGCUCAAGAUGGUUGCUAACUUUUGAUUUGAAGGGGAGAUUGAGGCCGAAUCUCAAUCUUUUAGUUCAUCAAGGAGUACCCAAGUCAAGCAUUUCGAAAUUGAUUCUGAACUAUCCGAGAGCUAUAAUGCUAAAAGCGAGCCUGUUUGUCGACAUCAUGGAAAGGGUCAAGAAAUUGGGUAUCAUGCCGGGGUCUCCUAUGUUUGUGCACGCAAUCCGAGGGAUGAGUACAAUGAGUAAUUCCUUGUGGGAGAGUAAGCUCACAUUUCUAAAGAGCUUGGGGUGGUCGGAAGAGGAGAUCUUGACCAUCUUUAAGCGAGAGCCGAUUUGUAUGACAUGUUCGGAGGAGAAGAUUCGGAGGAUGGUGGAUUUCUAUGUGAACACAUUGAGGUUUGACCUGUCAAUGUUGAUUACAAAUCCGAAACUUCUUAUGUAUGGGUUGGAUAAGAGGAUUUUUCCGAGGUAUGUGGUUAUUCAGGUUUUGGAUUCAAAGAAGCUGCUUAAGAACGAUAAGAAGCUGAUUAGGAUAUUUUGUCUUCCUGAAAAGAAGUUCUUGGAGAACUAUGUGAUUCCAUACGUUGAUGAAAUCCCGGGUUUGAUGAAGAUGUACAAUGGAGGUAUUGCAGUUGAUCAAUUCAAUUGUAAGGGUGGAAAAGUAAGUAGAGUGUUGUAAUUGUAGAAUGUAGAAUUCAUAACUUUGAAUGUUAUUUUACAGAUCUUGAAGAAAAUGUUAUACAUGCACUAGCUACUUUUUCUUUAA